AUGAAUGGGGUCCUUGACCCAAUUCAAACACCAAAGCUAUCACAUGUUUCAAGAGAGAAGUCGAUUGAAAACCUGGAGAAAAUGUCAGUGAAUGAAUGGUUUAUUUUAUCCAAAGACAUCUUUGGAGUUGAAGAUAAAGAUAAAGAAAAGUUUAUUGGAUACUUUGAGAACAUUUUCAAAAAAGACAAAUUAUUGUGUGGAUUCAAUGGUGAAAAGCCAUGGCAUCAAUACAUGAUUAUAAAAGGAUUUAUUUGGUGUUGGCAACAUGGAUAUAAAACUCAAUUUGAUAAUUUUGGAAAAACUAUUGAUGACAAAAGAAAAUGGCACACCAGAUAA